CCAGCAGCCCUCGCGCCGCGGCGGCAGCACCCGGGCAGGAAGGAGCCGGGGAUCCCGGCGCCUGCGUGGCCCUGCCCGGCCCUGCCCGGGCGGGGUGGCGCGGCGCGGCGCGGCUCGAGUCCUGUCGCCCCGCGGCCGGGCUGCCUGCCCCCUGGCCCUGCCGCGGCCCUGCCUCCCCGCACCGAUGCCAUGAGAAGACAAGAGGUCUCCGCAUCUUACCGGGAGCUGAAUGAAGAUGUGGAGCAAGCAUCUGAAAACCCAACAGAUGAGGGAGAAGGAGAGAUGGACGAUCAUGAAGAUACCAGCUCUGUUAUUUUACCAGACAGUGAACUGGGUACCAGUGCCCCCUAUCUGCGUUUCAGCAAGACCUGCCUAAAGAAUGUUUUUUCAGUAAUUCUCCUAUUCAUUUACCUGCUGCUUAUGGCUGUAGCUGUGUUUCUUGUCUACCAAACCAUUACUGACUUCAGGGAGAAGCUCAAGCACCCAGUGAUGUCUGUCUCUUAUAAGGAAGUGUCCUUGUAUGAUGCACCUGGUAAGACUGGUAUUGCCUUUUACCCAGGCAAGGCUCGGCUGCUUAGCUGCAAGCAUCAUUACUAUGAUCACAUUCCACCUCUGAUAAAUCCGGGUCAGCCGGGAGACAUUGAGUGCACCACUCAGAGAAUCAACUAUACAGACCCUUUUACUAAUCAAACUAUGAAAUAUGCUUUGGUUGUUCAAGGCCCUCGUGAUGUGAAGAAAAAGGAACUGGUGUUUUUGCAGUUUCAUUUAAAUGGAACAGACCAAGACUUUAGUGCAAUUGACUACCUUCUGUUUUCUUCUUUCCAAGACUUCAUCAACAGUCCAGAAAAAGCAGAAUUCAUGAAGGACUGUGAGAGCUCAUACUCCAGCUGGAAGUUUUCCGGAGGCUUUCGGACUUGGGUCAAGAUGUCCUUAGUGAAAACCAAAGAAGAAGAUGGUAGUGAGACUGUUGAAUUCAAACAAGAGACUAGUGUGGUUAACUAUAUUGACCAGAGAACUAAAUCAAGAAGCGACCAGCUGUUUUUUGUGGUGUUUGAAUGGAAAGAUCCUUUUAUACAGACCGUUCAAGACAUAAUCACAGCAAAUCCUUGGAACAUGAUUGCUCUUCUUUGUGGUAUCUUUUUGGCUCUGUUUAAGGCAGCAGACUUUGCUAAGUUAAGUGUUAAGUGGAUGAUCAAAAUCCGAAAGAGACAUCUGAAGAGAAGAAGCCAAGUAAUGAACCACAUAAGCUGAGACUAAGUCUGCCUGUUAAGUAUUCAUAGCAGAAGGGAUAGAAAAUAACUGGAAUAAACUUCAGUCAGCAAUACAGCAGUUAAAGAUGUAAACCAGGUAUAUUUUCUUCAGAAGAACACUUCCACAGCCUAGCAAACUGACAUUUGAACUUUGGAAAGGAGCUAAUCCUAGGACAGCCUAACAAACUCAUGCUCUUUUAAUCCAAAUUUAAUACAUUUACCUCAAUACAUGGGGGUGGGGGAGAGAAUUCACUAAUGUUCAGAAAGUCAGUGCUGUAGUGAUUAAGUUCUAAAACUGGACAGUGUUUGAAUACUUCUCAGAACAGGUGACCAUUUAACUUCUGCACAAGCUACGACCUGCAUCUGCUGCCAUAAUGCAGUUCCUUCCAGUGAACGCAGUGAAGGAGUAAAGCACACAGAACAAAACAGUCUUGCCUCCCAUCUCCAAGGUAUGAGUUAAAACAAAAUACACUGGAAUUCUGUUACAUGUCAUUUUUGAUUUAAAAUGUAUUGACUUUUAAUAUUAAAAGAUACCUAAAAAUAA